AUGCAAAUGAUAUUUGGGACCGCACUACAAGGACUUUAUCAAACCAUACAACGAUCACCACCUUUGUAUCCCUUUGUAUUGCAAUAUUGUCAACUUGCGCGUGAAAUAGCACAUUUCAUUGCUAAGAAGGAAAGUGUUAAAAUUCCAGGCUACGGUGUCAUUAGAAAUGUAGCAGAUACAGAAAUCCGGAACAUAGAAGACCCAAAUACUCUCUACGAUCUUGCCGUGGACGAACUGGACAUAGCGGGUCAAAAAAUUCCAAAAUUCGGCUUUAGCAACUUCAUCCGUGAGUUGAUGACUAAAGAGUUGCAUAGACAUAUUGAUCUAAGGACAUUGGGGCUGAGAUAUCAAGGUAUUAACUCGGAUGUGUAUGGGUAG